AUGCUGCUCUUCGGCCUCGGCAAUCUGGUCUAUGUGAUUGUUCUCAUCAUCAACGCCAUUGCCGUCCUCUCCGAGGACCGAUUCCUCGCUCGCAGUUCGUCCCCUCCCUCCCCUCCCGCUUUCGGAUGGGGUCGCACACAAGCUGAGCCAGGCUUCGGCGCCAGCUAUGAUAGUACCAGUGUGAAAGCAAAGUCGGUCAAUUUGAUCGCGAGUGUACGGACGGUCAUGCGGAUACCUCUCAUCGUCAUCAAUACGGUGAUUAUCGUCUACGAGCUGAUCCUCGGCUGA